GUCUACGGCUGGUCUCGCAUAACGGACGAGCCGAAAGGAAAGCGAUCCGGUGCUAGCGCUGUGGGCACUUUCGUGUCGUGUGUUGUGUUCUACGGAAAUUGUGUACCAACGAACGAGAAACAUCCAAAAGAAAAGUUUGAUCAACGGACCAACCCACAACAAAUAAAAGACAUAAAUUUGCACCACGCGUACCACGAGUGGUCGGUGCACGAGUUCCGGUUGAGUGUUGCUUUCGUUGUUUGACGACGGUCGGCGUGAUUCCGGAUCCAACGCACAUCUUGCGCCAGCGAACGCAGAACAUGGAGAUUAUGAAAAUAUCCAUCAACCGGUUGACGCUGCUGGUGUUCGUUGCGACGGCGCUACUGUGCUGGCAGGCUUCCGAGGCCGGUCCGGCUCGGCAGCUGGCCAGUCUGGCGGCAGCAAGAGCCUCCAAGAUACCGCGCUCGAUUCGGGCACCGUUCCGCAAUUCGGAGAUGAUGACGGCCCGCGGUUUCGGUAAACGCGGUCGGGUACCGAUCGGUGUGAACUACGGUGGUACAUCGGCAUCGCGUGGCCGCACCGGUGCCGAUGGUGAUCUGGAGCUGGCGGGCGGCUGGAUCGAGGAGAAGCACGAGCUGGGCCGCCUGAUCGACGACAUGGCCGGACUCGACCAAUCACUGUCGUCGUCGUCGGCGGCGGCGGCAUCGUCGGCGAUCGAUCCGCUCGGUGUCGGCGAACAGGAGACGACGAGCUUCCCGCUCGAUUGGUUCGCCAACGAGAUGUCCACCAACCCGGUACUGGCCCGGUCCAUUCUGCAGCGCUUCGUCGACACCAACCGGGAUGGGUUGCUGGAAGCGGCCGAGCUGCUACCAUCGACUGUCACUGGCAGUGGUGGUGGUGGUGGUGGCGGCGGAGGCGGCAGUAGUGGAAGUCCUGGUUCACCCUUGAACGAGGUGGUCGAGUUGUACUAAAAAUGGGGGACAGAUACUUCUGCUCCUUCAUUCCAUUACGUUCUGGAUUCCUGUGUGACGUCACUGUCGAUGAUCGUUGGACCUUACCUUACAAACCUUGGGGUACGGUAGUGCAACUCCCACUCCAGUUACACCCCACCGAACCCUAUUCCUUCGGUUAGUAGAGGACGCUUUUCCUGCUGGGAGUUCACUAAGUUGGAAUGAAAAAAAUCUGUAAAAAAAAAACCGAACCGUUAAUAACCAUGGCAGACCCGAGGUGGUUGUUCUGUUCCAUGGGCCGCCCUAACAGCAGCUGCUGAUACUGGUGUAUCGAGAAGAUAAGUUAGAUCCGUUAAGGACGCAACGGCACACCACGCAACGUGAAGAUGGAACCAGUAAAGGCUGGGUAUUGGUUGCAGCUUCAGGUUCAGGUAGUGCCGGUUGCAAGCCCACCGCAUCCGCGCAUUCUCCGGUCCUUCUGGCCUUCUGUUCCAUUCCUCUCUGUGUGUCAGUGUGUAUCCGCACGUGUAUGUGGGUCUGUGUGGAUGUAGUAUGUAAUGGAGGAGUAUGGUGUCUCUGGUUCUAGAUUGUUUUUUUUUUCCUUUUCUGGCGAAGAAGCGCAAACAAUUUCAAUUUCUGCUGCUGCUGCUGCUGCUCCUACUGCUACUGUUGUCUACACAUGUGCGUGUGUGUGUCUUCCGUAUUGUUCUCUCCUUCUCUUCCCCCCACACCGAUGCUGGUGCUUGUAGGAUAGUAGAUGUUAAGGAGGCGCAGUGCAUCAAGCGACCACACGCCACGGAAGCAAUUCGUUUAUCCCUCGCCAGAACAGCAGCACGCACCAAAAGCCACCAUUUAAUUACCGGGAAACAGACAGUGCUAAGCUGGUUCUCUUGUCUGGCCCUGCGCUUCAGCUGGUUUAACGAAAACGAUCGGAUAAAGAGAAAAAUAAUUCAUAUGAAUAAAUCAUGUGCUAAACCGAAUAGAGUCGUGUAACCAGAUUCGGAUAGCUUUAGUGCGUAGAUUGGAACUAAACCAAGGACAGAAAAGGGAAAUACAAGAGGAAGUAACAUACCACCAAUGGAAGAUGUAAAGAGGAGGAUAGCACUAAUACCAUUGAUACACAAUUGCGGGCGUAAAUAUGUGCCAAGAGAUCAGCAAAACUUGCGAAGAAACUGUCGAGAAUAAGGGAGAAACAGAUACAAUUUAGCGUUUAAAAAACUUAUAAACCAAACAAAAAAACACACACACACAUACACACACACACACACAAAGCCACAUUGUUCCACUGGUUAAACACACUUGUAAAUUACGAACGAAAAAUAUAUUGGUUGAACAGC